GUGAGUUUUUUCGAUGUGUCAAUAAUUUGUAGGAAGUUUAGGCACCCCUAGCGGAUCAUUUUUCGCUAGUGAACUAGUGGGCGCAAACGUCUAGUUACUGAGAUAAUAAGUGUUUUGUAAUUUACCUUCGCGCCCACGAGGUAGGCUCUCGCCGCCACUGAGGGUGGUGGGAACUCCCGAGUGGGUGUCAUGGGACUCGCAGUACCCGAGGGAGUGCCACUGACUUCACGGAGAAACCGUGGAGUCCUGCCACCCUCGCUAAGACAGCCGCGCGAGAUCCACUGUUACGCAGGCCACCACGACAGCCACUUGAGACCCUCGGCAACCCCUCUGAAAAGUCAAUUGAAAGGUCCGCCGCACCCCUGCGACCUUCGUUGCAUCCCCGCUAGACCCACGACAUCCUCUCGUGAGGUCUUGAGAUCCUCAGUGGCCGCAGAGAACAAUCCGUGUGUUGGAACGCAGUGGACGCCUCCCUCAGCCAGUCUCCGUGCACUACCUUCGGCGGUUCCCGAGAGCCGAGUCGCUGUGGACACCAAAUUAAGGUGCACUUCCAUCAUGGGGAUGCAGAAUUUGCUGUCCAAAUUGAAUGUAAUUCAAGAUAUUUUCUCUAAACUUGGUUAUGAUCCGAUAGAGCUUCCCAUUAUUGCAGUCGUGGGCUUUCAGAGCGCGGGCAAGUCGUCAGUGCUGGAGACGUUGGUGGGCCGGUCUUGCCUGCCACGAGGCUCUGGACUAGUGACGCGCUGCCCUCUGAUAAUUCAGCUGCACCAUGUUCCCAGUAGCAAGAACGUCUAUGAUCAUGAAGAGUGGCGAAACGAAUGGGUUAAGUUUUCGCACGCUCCAAAUAGUACGUUUUACGACGAUGAGGAAAUUCAGAAAGAAAUAGAGGCGGAGACUGACCGUUUGGCCGGUAAAAACCAAAACAUCAUAUCAACACCGAUAACCAUGAAAGUGUAUUCGCCCAAUGUGGUGAAUCUGACGCUCGUCGAUCUGCCGGGCCUCACCAAGGUCGCCGUUGGUGACCAGCCUGAGAACAUAGAGGAACAGGUCGAAGAGCUGAUCAUGGAUUACAUCACACCUUCUUCUACCAUCAUCUUGGCAGUGGUGGCGGCCAAUACAGAUAUGGCGACAAGUGAAUGUCUGAAACUCGCCAAACGGGUGGAUCCGACAGGGGAGCGUACGAUUGCAGUCGUAACGAAAAUUGAUCUUAUGGAUCGAGGUACCAAUGCCGCGGACAUACUAUCAGGCAUGAUCAUCCCUGUCAAAUUAGGAAUCAUUGGUGUGAUGAACAGAUCGCAAUAUGAUCUAAAUCAGAAAACGAGCGUGAAAGAGAUGCGCCGAAAGGAAAGACAAUUCUUUGAAGAACAUUACAGGGCUAUUGCUGACAGAGCUGGUGCUGAGUAUCUGGCUACUAGGCUUGAAGAACUACUUUCAAAUCACAUCAGUCGAUGCCUUCCUCAUGUCCAGAAUAAACUACGAGAAGAGAUUAAAAUCUGUGCAAAGAUUCUGAAAGAAUACGGUGAUUCUUUGCCUGACAAGAAAUCAGCUCUGAUAAGCGUUGUAAAUGACUUCAGUAAACAGUUCAAAGAUCUGUGUGAUAAGGGACCUGCCCAUCUAUCCUUAGAAUUAGUAGGUGGCGCCAAACUGCGCGACAUUCUGCACGUUAAACUAGAAACGGCCUUGACAAUGGCGGCUCCUUGCAAAUCUUACACCACUGAUGAAGUUUUGAUUGCCAUGCGACAGUCAAAUGUUUUAGAGUCACCAUUUUUGGUUACACAGUUAUCAUUUGAGAAACUGAUGAUACCUCUGAUAGAGGCAAUGCAAGGGCCGACCGUGGCGUCUGUGGAAGCCGUUCAAGACGAAUUGAUGAAAAUGUGCCAGUUAUGCAUCCCGACGCAAGCUCAACGUUACCCACGCCUCAAACAAGCUAUAAUCGAAGCGGUGGACCAAACUCUUGAAAAAUGGGUUGAGAAGGCCAAAAUUAUGGUGGAAGAGUUUGUGGCGUCUGAAUGCAGCCACAUAAUGUAUCAUCGAAUACCUAGCGACGAAGAUGAUAUUCAUCACGAGCAUUUCAAUGAGGGUGGUACAAUGAGGCUCAAACUUGAAAGGGAAAAUAAAAAGGUGGAAAAUGAAGGACGAGCCGGAAUGGACUCUCAACUUGAAUUAUUGAAUAUGUCUAGUGAGGACGAGAAGCAGAUCGACACUAUAGGUAGAAUGAUUGACCACUAUCACCGCUUGGUAGCACGAACUUUGCAGGACUGCUCAGCCAAAGCAGUAGUCAAGUUCCUCAUGAAGAAAGUCCGGGACUCGCUGCCCUUGUCCCUUUUCACUGACCUGGAAGGAGAUUUGGAUCGUUUGUUUGAGGAAAACGCAGACGUAGAACGCAAGCGUCGCGAAACCCGCGAGAAGAAAGACGCGCUGACGGACGCGCUACGAGUCAUCGUAGACCUGGAAGAUUAAUUGAAGUUUAGUUACAAGUGCUAUUCUAUUUGCUAGGUUUUGUUGCACUCUCAUCCCAAAGAAAUUUUUCAUUUUCAAAAACCAGUUAUUCACGUGGGAUGAAAAGAUUCUUUUGACUUCGAAUAUUUGUGUGCUGUUUCAAAAAAGCUGCUUCACUCAUGUAACAGAUUUUCCUUCUUAAUGGAAAGGUUUGCUAGCGACACCGAUCGUUUAUGAAAUAAUCGUGACGUGAGAGCAGUUGGUUCCUCGUGUUUGACUGACGUGUUUCUAGCAACCCGAGACUGUUUGAUUUAGGUUUACAAAAAUAAAGUUUUGGGGUUAUUUUUCGCAAA